GAAGUCAGCAAAGACUUCAUCCGACGUGUCGAGGACGUGCUGAGCAAAGGCCAAGAGGUCUCUGUGAGAGUCCUGUCUGUGGACGUCGUCGAGGGGAAGAUGAUGCUCUCCAUGAAGGCUCCGGCUUCGAAAGAAUCGAGCCCCUUCAACGUGAGUGCCUUCGAGGGGAUAUCGCCUGAUGCCUGGAUGUCCGGCAAGGUCGUACACACCACAGAGAUGGGUGCCUUUGUACGCCUGGAGCACGCCGGCUCCUCGGCCGAUGGAUUCCUCCAUUCCAGCGAGCUUGGAGAGCCCGGCAAUGUCCGCGAUGUCGUUCCUCUUGGGGAGAAUGUCAGAGUGCGCAUCAUCAAGGUCAACGUCGCCCGGAAUCGAAUGAAGCUGUCCAUGCUGCCUUUCGAGGACUUCGGCGCCUCCAGAGCAGGAGGGCCACCAGUAGCAGCUCCCACCACUAGGCCCCGGCCUCCACCAGGGCCUGCGCCUGGGCGCCUGGUCGAAGACCUGAAGCCCUUCCGCGCGCUCAUAGGCCAGUGGCUGCCCGGAGUGGUCAAGCAGCUUCGCCGAAACGGCGUCCAGGUGGCCGUUGUGUCCAAAACGGGCGCUUACGCAGUCGGCAUGGUCUUCCUGAACCAGAUCCAGGAAGGCUUCGUCAACCGACUGGAGGACGUUCUGUCUCCUGGCCAGGAGGUGAAAGUGCAAGUUCUGGCAGUGAACCUGCAGGGCCGGUCGAUGACCCUCUCCAUGAAGGGAGGCUUCAACUACAAGAAGCAGGACGUUCGGCCCUUCGAGGGCGUCUCCGCCACGGAAUGGUUUCCAGGCACUGUGGAGAAGGUGAAAGGCUAUGGAGCCUUCGUCACCGUGAGGCGCGAGAGGUCAGCAGCCGAGGGACUCGUGCGGCUGCAUGAGAUGGUCGGCGCACCUGCCUCUGGUGACGAGGUGGAAGUGCGGGUGCUGGGCGUUGACGUGGAGAAGGGCAGCAUGCGGCUCUCCAUGAGGCCUCCCAGCAGACCCGAGGCAGAUGGCUGA